AUGGGAAAGAGGCUGGCCACAUCGGCCGCCGCAAGGAGCGUGCCCGCGUGCGAAGGGCCAGGGAACCCCGGCUCCCCGGCACUAGAGGCUGCAGCCUGCGGGCCAGCUGCGUGGCCCCCCCACUGCGGCAACACCACCGAGGCUGGGAAGUCGCUGCUUCGCUUCCCCAGGGACCCGGCUGUGCGGCUGCUGUGGGACCGCUUCGUGCGGGGCCGCCACGCCGCUGGGUACCGGAGCAACGACCGUUCCGUCAUCUGCUCUGACCACUUUACCCUGUCCUGUUUUGACGUCUCCUCAGUUAUCCGGAAGAACCUGCGCUUCUCCCAGCGCCUGAGGCUCGUGGCGGGUGCGGUGCCCACCCUGCAUCUUCCACCUAAGGGGGAAAGAGAGGGAAACCAAGCGGGCGGCCCCGAAAAGGGAGGAGAGCCCCAGGCAGUCAGGCAUUCUGAGGACCCCGGUCCAGCCUCCUGUUUCCGCCUCCGGGCCGGGAAGCGGGCUGCCGCUUCACAGAUUGUAUGUAAAAAUGAAGCUAUACAAAGGCAAGUCAGUGCUGAUAAUCGAUCUAAUGAUGUCACUUCAGUACCUACUCCCUGUGAAGAAGGCCCAGUGCAUUAAAGUACACAAAUUUCUUUGAAAAGGCCCCCUCACUGUAGUGUGGGUACCUGUGUUUAUUUUCUUUCGGGUAUUCAAGCCUAAGUGAAAAUGUUCAGAAAAUGUCUGUGUAACGCAACUAGUCAGACAGAAUUGUGGUCUAGAGCUUUCUCCCUCUGUGACAUUUAGUCCACUGAUUCAGAAACAGAUACAGACUGGGAUAGCAAGAGUGAACAGAGUGAUUUGUCUUAUGUAGCUAUGCAGGUAAAAGACGAGACGUAUUAA